CUUAGCAAAGCCUCAUGCUUUCUACAGACCUUUGCUCUUGGAAGAAGCAGGUUGGGUGUGUGAGCAGAGCUGGCGUCCAAACUGACGAGGACUGAGGGGAGCCCUGGCUCCACCUGGGUGACCCACAUAUCCAAAAAUCAAGCUGAAAAGUGUUGCCUGGAAUGUCAGAAGAUUGACAGCAGUCAUAUUUUGGAGCAUGCUCCUACAGUGGCAGUGUACCAAAGAAAGGUUGUGAAGUACCUACCCGCCACCAAGCACAGUGUGCUGCAGGGUGCCUCCGAAGGAUUUUGUCAUGUGAACUCUUUCUGAAUUUCAGUCCGCUCUUUCUAGAAAUGCAGAUAAAGAAGAUGAAGGAUAUUGGAGAGCCUUCGUACGCUACCCCAAUGAAUGGCACACAUAACUCCUUGACCCUGUCACCCAAACACCCUAAUUCUAACAGAGCAACUCGGCCAGACAGACAGGAAGCACAGGCCCUUUUGUAUCAGGGCUCGGAGGCGGAGGCUGCCAUGAUGACCAUUGCAACAUGUGCAAAGUGCAGAAGUGUUCACAAAGUCCCUCUUCAAGAUUUGAAGAAGGGUCCCGGGCAAGGCCAAGCGGAAGAAGGAUAUGUCUGCCUCCCAUGCAGCCUUCAGACCGCUCCUCCCCAUUUUCCCUUCAUGAACGGGGAUCCCAGGGCCACUCACGUCGGAAACAAAACCGAAGCCAUCUCAAGUCCCAUCAAUAACAAAUUCAAGGUGAGGAACUUUAAGCCAGGCAAAUACUACUGUGAUAAGUGCCGGUUUUCCACCAAGGACCCGCUGCAGCACAGGAAGCACACGCUGCAGCACGAGGAGAUCAGGUUCAUCUGCUCCCACUGCAGCUACGUCUCCUACACAAAGGGGGAGUUUCAGAGGCAUCUGGUGAAGCACACGGGCAUAUUCCCUUAUCAGUGUGAGUACUGUGACUAUGGUGCUAUUAGAAAUGACUACAUUGUCAAGCACAGGAAGAGAGUCCACGAGAGGGCUGGUGCUAAGAGACCUCUCAAAACUGCCACCAAGCUGGACCCAAAAAGAACUAGCAUUUCCAGACAGAACAUAGAGCUCUUAAAGGCCCCUAGCCUAAGGACCGCAUUUCAGAACAGGUUGUCGGAUCAGCUCUCAAGAUUCUCUCUUCAUGCUAAUAAAGACAAAAUUCACAAUAUCCUAUUGUUACCCGAAUCAAAGGAAUACCAGAAAGAUGUUGUGUGUAUUCCCAAUCAAAUGACCUUACCGGAGCCAAAUGAAGUCGGUCUGUUUGAGAACAAAAGCGUCGAGGUGGAAGUGUUAUCUCCUUCAAAGGAACCCGUUCAGCCCGGUGUGCCGCUGACGGUCGUGGCCCCRGCGGAGCUAGUUGUCCCUGCAAACUGUUUGGCCCAGUUGAUGGACGUGAAGGUGGUCAACGGCACACAGCAGCUCCUUCUCAAACUGUUUCCACUGGAGGAAAAGAGUCACCUGGAAGCUGGCAGUGGCGAUGGAGGCGAUCCAGAGCACGUGACUAAAGAGAAGUGUUCAAAGGAGCCAGAAAAUGUAUUUUCUGUAGAAAAUAUAAAGUCACUAGCAAUAGAAGGGAACACUGGAAGACUUGUAGGUGUAGACAACCUUCGGUCUUCAGUUCAGAGACAACUGAAAGAUGUGAAGUGGGUGAGGUCUUGUGAUCUUGUGUCUGGCUCCCGUGUGCACGGUCACAGGGAACACCUUCUCAGUUCUGAUGGGGUCGAGGAUUUGCAGACAAGGAAUGAUUUGUAUUCACAUAGGACCGCUCUUCCUUUUACCUCCUUAAAAGGUCACUCUCCAGCCUCUGUCAUGAAAAGUGGUGCCAUGUGUGGUCUCGGAGCUGCUUCAGACCCUUUUCCUUCUAAAGCUGCCGAUUCUUUCUCAAAAGAUGGAAGAAAUSUGCACGGUGACUCUCAGCCGUUAUUUCAUCUGGCUCUGACACCUCCAGCCACUUCCUUCUCUGGGGAAAAGGGCUUACUGCCUGCAGUCAGUCAGAGUGACUUGGAACCUGGAAGUCAGAGCAAUGUUCCUGCCAAAAUGGCUUCCUCUCCUGGGAAGCUGGAAGGUGACCAGGCAGAGGACAAGGCAGCUUCAGAUCUAAGCCAGACCUCCCCUUCACGGGGGAGUGAGUGUUUAUACACAGAUAUGACCAGAGGGGAAGACAGAACUAGAUCUGAGCCUGGAGGCGACCCUGGGGAAUUGAAGAAUUCUGAAAGGACCAGUGAGACUCCCGAGGGCCCUGUCAUCUCAUCAGUCUUUUCUCUGAGCUCGGGGUCCGAAAAUGUCCCAGAGGGCAUUAAGUGGAACAGUUCAACAUCCAAAAUAAAGUCCAUUGAACUCUUACGCAGAAAGAUCGCYCAGCUGAUUGAGUCCUGUGGCAAGCCUUCGUCUUUGUCUGCAAAUAGUGCACGAGGUCGGUCCUCGUCAAAGGGAACCUCCAAAGCAACACCUGAAGGCAUUCAGGACAUUAACCUGUCACUUCCCGGCCCAGGCACUUCCACAGGUCCCCUCCAGACAUCUCAGAAUGAAGGUGAUGUCACUGGCAGUGGACAGCUGGCUCAUCAGCAGGUCUACCCACAGUUUGCUAAUGGCAGUGAGGGGAACACUGAAAGCAGAGGGACCAGGAAGGCUCAUGUGGCCACUCCAGUGCUGAUCCCCAAAGGGGCCGUGUUGAGGGUUCUCAACUCCUCUGAGGAUGCCCACAUCAUAGAGGCUACCUGCGAUGCACCUGUUGGCAUACCUUGCAGCAAAGCACAGUUGCCAAAACCAGCUCCUUAUUGCCCCAUGAAACAGACAGACUCAGACCUGCAGCCUUUGACCAGUGACGGUGGGCCAGUCGACAUGUCCCCAGGUCUCGAGACAGCUCUUCGUCCUAAACCAAGAAAAGAGGAUGCUACGUGUAGCGCCAUCCCUAAGAAAACUGGCCCUGGGCCUGGACAGCAUGGCUGUAGUGACCUGAGGAGGCCGGGGAGACUGCUAUCCAGGAGUCUUCCAAUGAGUAGGAAUAAAACCAGGCAAGUGAAUUCAUCCAAGAAGAAAAGCAAACUUGAGGCCAAUGCCAACCGCUGCCUCAGGGAUCCUUCCGUUUUUCAGGUUGCCAGACAGCUCCGACUGAUGGCCGCCAARCCAGAUCAGUUGAUUAAGUGCCCCCGUCGGAACCAGCCGGUCAUCGUGCUAAAUCAUCCCGAUGUGGACUCACCAGAAGUGACCAAUGUGAUGAAGGUGAUCAAUAAGUACAAGGGCAACGUCCUCAAGGUGGUUUUAUCAGAAAGGACAAGGUGUCAGCUUGGCAUUCGACGGCAGCACAUGCGACUGACCUACCAGAACGUGGAGGAUGCCAAUCUGCUCAAAAGGCAAAUGAUGUUGAAAAUGAAACUGAAAAAGGUUCAUAAAAACAACUACCAGGUGGUGGACUCCUUGCCCGAUGAUUCSUCCCAGUGUAUAUUCAAGUGCUGGUUUUGUGGGCGGCUGUAUGAGGACCAGGAAGAGUGGAUGAGUCAUGGCCAGCGGCAUUUGAUAGAGGCAACUAGAGACUGGGAUGUUCUUUCUUCCAAGGGCAAAUGAGGAAAGAGGGGUCUUUGAAGUGAUUUGCUUCUCUUUUUAAUGUUUCUGUUUGGGGGAUGAUUCCCCCAGAUUCAAUAGGAGAAAUGCAGACUGGGGGGAUGAGGGUUGUGGAUUCUUCACAUCCCUGUGGAAAUGUUGAUUCUUCCCCAGGACAUGUCUGGACUCUGGGAGGUAUUUAAAGCCCCUGAAAUUGUGCGCGCACAAAUGGAUGUACAUGCAUUUUUCUGGAGAAAGGAUGUGAAGUUCUCAACAGAUUUUCAGUGGGAUCUAAGACCUCUUUGUUUAGUAUCCAUUUUUCUGAGUAGAUACAAAUCUUUCAUAUUCCAGUUAGGAGGGGCAAGUUUAGAAUAAUUUACACCUGCCCCUUAU